GCGGGAGGAACCGGGAUUUCGGGAGGAAACGGGAAGGCUGGCCAGGCAUGGCGGGCGGCUGGGAGACAGCGCUGGGCCUGGGGCUCUGCCUCGCUGCCCUGCACCGCGGAGGCUGCCGCCUCCCCAGCGUGGCCACAGCGCCCCAAACUCCAGCUGUGCUGCGGGACAAUUUCCGCCUGCAGCCGGGCGAUUUGGUGACCACAGCGGGGCAAGCACUGGAGCUGGAUUGUGUCCCCCCUUUGGGGUACCCCGAACCCUACAUUACCUGGAAGAAGGAUGGGGUGACCUUGGACUUGGUAGGCGGCAGGUACGUGGUCACCAAGGGGAAGUUGCAGGUGGCAUCGGCACAAAGGAGCGACUCUGGUCUCUACAUCUGUGUGGCUGCCAACGCGGCAGGCAGGAGGGAGAGCCGGGGUGCCCGCGUCUCCGUGCUGGAGAAGCCAAGCAUCGUGCGGCACCCCAGCGACGUCGUGGCUGUGGCUGGCAGCACCGUGGAGCUGGGUUGCAGCGCUCGAGGUGACCCAGCACCACAGGUGCAGUGGCACAAGGAGCAGGGAGACCUGCCCUGGGGCAGGCACGAGGUGGACCGGGAGCACACUCUGCGCCUCUACGCGGUGACGCGCGCCGACGCCGGCGCGUACGUGUGUACAGCACAGAGCCAGCUGGGCACCGCCGCCGCCACCACCGUCCUCCACGUGGAGGACCGGCUGCCAGCAGGCCAGCAGGAGACUCCACCACGGGACCUGCUGGCUGUGAGGCUGCACCUGGACAACGGCACUGCCCUGCCCACUGCUGCUGUCCAGCUCCGCUGGCAGAUGCUGAUGCCGGUGCCGGUGCCGGUGCCUGUGGGCUAUGUGGUGCUGUACCGCAGCCUGCUCCCUGUCACCACGUCCUGGCUCCAGCACGAUGCAGGCAGGGAGCUCAGUGCCAUCAUCCCUGCGCUCCGCAGGGGCUACAAGUACGAGUUCAAGGUCCGACCCUACACUGGAGGGACCCAGGGCUCCGACAGCAACAGCAGGCACCUCUGGAUACCCGAGGAAGUGCCUAGUGCAGCACCCCAGCGUGUCACCGUCAGCCAGGCUGAGACAGGGAACGGCACUGUGGUCGUGAGCUGGGAGCCGCCUCCUCCUGAAGCUCACAAUGGCGUCAUCCGGGGCUACCAGGUCUGGUCAGUGGGUGAGGGCUGGCAGCAUCCCACCAACAGGACAGUGGACGGAGCCACCCGCCGCCUGGAAACCCUCCUCCCACACGCCGGGGCUGAGCUCUGUGUGCAGGUGGCAGCUUUCAACAGCGCAGGGCUGGGCGUUGCCAGCAAUGCCACGUGUGGAGUCCUGGGGCUGACAGCAGGGAGCAGCAGGGUGGUGCAGGCACUGCGGCAGCCUGCUGUCAUCGCAGCCGCUGGUUCCAUGCUCUGGUUGGCCUUACUCGCCCUCCUCCUCCUCAUCUGCCAGCGCCGUGCCAGCCAGGACGCCGCAGCUCGCCACAGGCUGGUGGCUGGUGACUCGCCAUGGCUUGGUGGUCCCUGGAAGCCCAGCUGUGCCCCCCGAAACCUCAGCAGCAGCAGCAGCCUCAGCAGCCGACUCCUGGGCAGUGACGGCAGGGACCCCCACCCGUCCAGUGAGCCCCAUGGGGGCUGGCAGUCCCACUCACUCCCAUGGGAUCCCCACCCAUCCAGUGAGCCCCAUGGGGGCUGGCACCCCCACCCACUGCCAUGGGACCCCCACCCAUCCACUCUAUCCUUGGAGCCACCGAGCCUUGGCCCCCCAACACCCCCCAUCCACAGCAGCCUCUGUGGGGGACACCCACCAACCCCUGGGGACAUGGGGUGCUGCGGUGGGGGGCAUCCCGGGGUGCAUUCCUCGCCCAGCACCCCAAACCCAGCACCCUGGGAGCGUGUUCGCAAGAGAGAGCUGCACCAAGUGCACAGCACCCCAGUGCUCACAGCUGGCCCCAGCCACAUCCCUGCCACUGGAAGUGGAGGCGAGUGGGGCACAGAUUUUGGGCUGGCAGCCAGGCAGCCUCAGCAAAGGGGACAUGAGGGUGACACCGCCACUGCCGUGAUGGAUAGCAGGGACCCACGGCUACCAGUCUUCAGCACUCCAAAGCCACAUCGGGGCGGCUCUUCACUGGCCUCUGGUGUAAGCAGGUCACCAGUGACACCCUCCAGACCAUCCCAUGCCUGGCACCCACCAGUGACACGGUCCCCAGCCUCUGUGUGCCCCAGGGACACAUCUCUGGUCACCAGGCAUCCCAAGGACAUGUCCCCAGUCACUGGGAUCCCCAGGGACACACCUCCAGUCAUGCGAUGCCCCAGGGACACAUCCCCCAUCCCUGAGAGCCCCAGGGGUGUGUCACCGGCCACCAGGACCCCCAGGGACAUGUCACCACCCAACAGGCACCACAAGGAUCCAUUACCAUCAACCAAGCACCAGAGGGACACAGUCCUGGCCACCAGGCACCCUGAGGACACCUCCCUGGUCACCAGGUGCCCCAGAGACCCAUUACCAGUGGCCAAGUGCCAGAGGGACAUCUCACUGUCCACCAGGCACUCCAAGGACGUGUCCCCAGCCAGCAGGCACCCAAGGGACACAUCCCCAGGCGUGAGGCUCCCGCAGGAGAUGUCCUCAGACACAAGACUCCCCAAGGAGAUGUCCCCAACCUCUAGGCACUGCAGGGACAAGCUCCUGGCCUCCAGCAGGUACCCUGAAAACAUGUCACCAGCCUUGAGGCAUCCCAAGGACACAUCUCCAGCACCCAGACACCCCAGGGACACAUCCCCGCUCACCAGGCACCCUGAGGAGAUGUCACCAGUCUCCAAGCACCACAAGGACAACUUCUUGGGCACCAGGUACCCUGAAAACACGUCACCAGCCUUGAGGCAUCCCAAGGACACAUCUCCAGCCACCAGGCAUCCCGAAGAGGUGUCUCCACUCACUGGUCACCAGAAGGACGUGUUCUUGGGCACCAGGUAUCCCAGGGGCAUGUCCUCAGCCUCCAACCACACCAGGGACCCAUCACUGGAGACCAGGCACCCAAGGGACAUAUUCCUGGCUACCAGGUACUCCAAGGACACGUCCCUGGCCACCGGGCGCCUCUCGCCAGCAUUCAGCGACGGGGUCCUCACACAACAGCAGGUGGCUGAGGUCCUGGAGAUGGAGCAGGACACUCCCUGCUGCAGACCGCCGGCACCAACCACACCACGGUCCUUCUCACCACUGCACACCUACGGCUACAUCUAUGGGCCACCGGCCUCUGAGCUAGGUGAGGAGGAGGAGGAAGAAGAAGAGGAGGAGGAAGAGCGUACAACAACGCGGGGCUCGCCGGGAGGGUCGCUGUUGAACGGCUGGGGGUCUGUCUCGGAGGACAACUUUGCCAGCACCCGCUGCAGCCUGGUGAGCUCCUGUGACGGCUCCUUCCUGCUGGAUGCCAGCUUUGCCCGGGCGCUGGCCGUGGCUGUCGAUGGCCUCUGCUACAGCCUUGAAGACACCGAUGGCGCUUCUGGGGGGCCCUCACCACCACCAUCGCCCUUGGAGCAGGUCUUCCCACCCAGAGUCCACACUAGCACCUGGGACUGGUGGACAGUGCUGGAGGUCCCACAGAGACCCAGGGCAGAGGCAGCCAUGAACAGUACCUCUCAGAAUGGUGGCCAGGGGUCAGGGACUGGCAGCCCCUGGGCCAGGGAAGGGUGAGCUGAGGACAGGAGGGACAGGAACGUGGCAGUCCCCAGGGCACAGGACGCAGCAAGGCCAGAGUCCCCUUGGCUGAGCUAAAAUCCAGCUUUAUUAGGCAGAUCCUCAACCAGGGGCUCUUUACUAGGAAAAGCCACCACAAAGGGUGGGUGGCAUCAAGGUGGGUGGGUGUUCCUCCUUGUUCAGCAUUCUUGUCCUUCCCAAGUGUCCUCCUUCUUCCACAGUGUCCCCAUCCCUCCUCAGUGUCCCUACCCCUUCCCAAGUUCCUCAUUCCUCCCCAGCGUCCUCAUCCUGCCCAAGAGUCUGCAUCACUCCAAGUGUCCUUGUCCUUCCUCAGUGUCCUCCUUCCCCAGCAUCCUCCUCCCCCCAACUAAUCCUUCUCCAGUCCAAGCACUGUUGUCCACCCUCUGUCCUUGUUCUUCCCUAGGGUUGUUGACUCCCAACCAUCCCCAUUCCUGCUGACUAUUCCCAUUCCUUCCAACUGUCCUUGUGCUGAUAGUUCACGUCCUUCCUCAGAAUCCUUGUCCCACCUUGUCCAUCCUUGUCUCUCCCAAGCGUUCUCAUCCUUCCCAAGCCACCUGUGUGCUCUUGUGCUCCCUCUAAAUGUCCUUGUCCCUCCUAAUCAUCCUCAUUCUGAGGCUUCUCAGCCCUCCCGAGUGUCCUCAUCCUUCAGCAGUUGUUUUGCCCCCGUGCCAAAUGUCCUUUUCCUUCCCCACUGUCCUCAUCCCCCAACAACCAUCCUCCUUUUCCUUGUCCCUUCUAAGCAAUCUUGUUUUGCCCAAGUGUCCUCUUCCCCCCAGCAAUCCUCAGUGCCCUGGAAAUCCUUGUCCUUCCUCCAUGUCCUCUUCCCUCCAGGCAUCCUUGUCCCCCAGCCUUCCUUAUCCCUCACUAGCACCCUCAUUCAUCUGCUGUGUCCUUGGCCCCCCCAUGUAAUCCUCGUCCCCCCCAGCUGUCCCCUUCCCUUUCAAUCACCUCAUCCCUCCCAGACGUCCUUGUCCUUUCACAGCAUUCUUGUUCCUCCCAACUGUCCUUGUCUCCAGGAUCCUUGCCCCACUUAAGCAUCAUCCUCAUCCCCACGUGCCUCACUUAAGCAGCACCCUCAUCCCUCUUCUGCUCAUCUGUCCCAACUGUUUCUGUCCCCAGGGUUCAUGUCCUUCCCUGAGUAUCUUCCUUGUCCCUCCUGAGCAUCCUUGUCCCUCCCCAGGGUCCUCAUUCCUUGUGAAUUCCUUGCCCCACCCCAAGAAUCCCUGUCCCCCCUCAGGCUGACGCCCACUGGCCGCGAGCUCGAUGCAGCCCUAUUUGCCAUGGAGCCACUCAAAAAUUAAAGCACAUCCCUC